UCGCCUGUGCCACCUCGCCGCCGUCAUGACAACAGGGUCAACACCGGGUUCGCCCCCCUCUCAAGGCUCUCAGAGAAAACGAGGUUCUACAAAAGAUUCUGUUGCCUUGUACGCAGUGCAAUGCUACAAGUGCUACAAAUGGCGUACUGUUCCAAAAGAAGAAUUCGAGACACUCCGUGAGAACUUCACCAAGGAUCCAUGGUUCUGCAGCAGACGGCCAGACUGCUCCUGCGAAGACGAUGCUGACAUCGAGUACGACAGCAGCCGUAUCUGGGUUCUGGACACGCCCAACAUACCAAAGCCUCCACCAGAGACGGAGAGGCUAGUGAUUAUGGGCGGUGACUACACCAGAAUGGACACGUAUUACGUCAUGCCCAAUGGGAAGCGUGCGAGGUGUGCUGGUGACGUGGACAAGUUUCUGGAGGCAAAUCCAGCGUACAAAAGCCGCAUAUCUGCUUCGGAUUUCGACUUUGCACCGCCCGAGGUUGUUGAGGAGACUGUUGUUUCUCACAAUUUUCUGCCUCUGCAAGGUUGCCAAGGCCAAGAAACAGGAGAAGGCAGAGAGGCACACAAAAUAGGUGAAAGCAGAGAGGCAUCGAUGCUCUGAACUGUGCCUGUGCCCUGUGCUAUGUAGGUGAUAGUCCGCUCAAGAUCACGUCACGUCUCGUUCCUAUCUAGUACGGUUGUCUAUCUCGGCUGAAGUUAAUGUAGUAGGUCUUCUUGCGUGUUAAUUCCUGGGGAAUAUAUGAGAUGUUUAAUAAUUAG